CUCUGACUAAUUUCGAUUUGUUGCGUUUAGGAGUUUGAGAGCAGGAAGUCUCGUAAAAAUUAUGAAUUAGCUUCAUGUCCCCCUGCCUCCUGUUUUCAAUACAAAGAACAGGCCGAAAUGCGAACUUCCGAUAUGGGAUUUCAUUGUGAGCAGAGAGGGCUUGCAAUGAGACAACCAACGUGGCUAUAGGAUAACGUUCAAUUGUACCCAGAAUGCUUUCGUUGCAACAAUAGUCGUUGAUUAGUCGAAAUAAAAAUGUGUGAGGGUCAAAUGGCGACCAAACUAAAGCCAUUGCUUCCUUUGUCCAAAUUAUAUUUUGCACGAAACAUUUGCUAGCUAACGUUAGCUUGCUAGCUUCCCAUUUAGCAAACAACCACCCACUUGGUCAGCGAAAUUAACUAAUUCGAUGGAAGAAGACCGUUCCACCACCGACGCCUCCCAGCUAACGUUGGGCAUCUCUGGAGAAUACAUGUCAGGAGGAUAUGUGCUCCAGUCUCAAGAUGAUGAUGGAGAGGAGAGUCUGAACGACCAUGAUGACGGGGGCAUGAAAGAGAACUUCCGGGAGCAGGACAUCUACCUCCCCAUCGCUAACGUGGCACGCAUCAUGAAGAACGGCAUCCCACAGACCGGGAAGGUAACCAUGAUAGCGAAGGACGCCAAGGAGUGUGUGCAGGAGUGUGUGAGUGAGUUCAUCAGCUUCAUCACGUCGGAGGCCAGUGAGCGCUGCCACCAGGAGAAAAGGAAGACCAUCAACGGAGAGGACAUCCUGUUUGCCAUGUCAACCCUGGGCUUCGACAUGUAUGUGGAGCCCCUCAAACUCUACCUACAGAAGUUCAGAGAGGCGAUGAAAGGGGAGAAGGGAAUACCAGGUGUGUCGGUGGGAGAAGGCCUGGGGGAGGAGCUUACAGACGACAGCUUCACGAAUCAACUGCCAGCCGGAAUUAUAACAGCCGACGGCCAACAGCAGAACGUCAUGGUGUACACCACCUCAUAUCAACAGAUUCCUGGCGUGCAGCAGAUCCAGUUCUCAUGACGAGGCCUUGCUCCUGCUCUGACCGCGGCGGCCAUCGACCGCACAGACACAGGCCUGGUGACUGAAGGCUGAGCGUAUGACCCCUCCGUCAAAAGGUCAAAGGCAAUCAUCAGAAGGACAUGAGGUCAUGGAGGGGAGCUGUUAUGGGGGGGAAGGGAUGUGUUAACCACCACAACCCUGUCAUGUAAAUGUACAAGUCUGUUCACUAAAUGUAGUACGUAGUCAUGAGGUGCCACAAGGUUUGGAGUACAUCUUUCAACCAGUUUAGGAUACUUUAUUUUUAAUGCUAAUUGGACCACUUAGUUUGUUUUUGUACAUUGAUUGUUUUAUGCAGGUUUGGGAGGUGGAAUGGGAUGUUUUUUUGCUCCCUCAUUUUUGAACCAUGAGGAGAGGUGCCCUUAAUGUCAGCUCUUUUCUACGUGGACAAACUAAUACCAUGUGCUUUAAUGUGAUGUAAAUCCUUUGAAUAAAAAUCCAAAUGACCCAAUA